AUGGAAGGAGAUAUUGGCGUCGGCCAAGGAUCAGAGCGGGAUGGAGAUGAAGAUCAGAGAACUGCCCAAAUGGAGGGCUCAUUUGUGCAUGGAAAUCGAAUGGAGGCCCUCGUCAAUGCCAUCGCGCAGUACCAGGACGUCUACCCUGUUGUGCAGCGUGGUGUUCAGCUACUACGCCAAGAGUUGUGCGAUGGGGACACUAGUGGCGACGAAAUCACUCGCAGCAUUCAGGCUUUUAUAGACACUGGGACACUAAAGGCGACAGUUAGUGCGAUGACAGUCAACUUAGAUUCCUCCGCGUUUAUUCGCCCGUGUUUUGAGCUGCUUGUUGUGCUUAUGAACAAAGCGGAUGAAGUUAUGACCAGAGCUUUAUGGAAAACUGAGAUCUUGGCUAUUCUCGACAAAGUCGUGCACAGUGUGAUGUAUCAAAACGAGCCUGCAUGCAUUCAGCUUGGAAUUAAUCUCUUGUCGAAGCUUGUGGGGAAAUUGGAGUCACUUGAGAACGGAUUAUGGACUCAAGUUGUUUCGACCACAGCACAAGCGAUGCUCACGAACUCUUUAGAUAACGAUGUGCAAUUGGAAUGCUUGCUGAGUUUGAAGCAACUUUUCCAACUGAAACCGGAUGUUGUUGUGCCCGCUACUCCCGCCAAUAUCAUUUUGAAGACGUUGGAUCAGUGCUAUCGACAGCCUGUUGGAAUAAGCAGAUCAUUUGCCUCAGCUUCUGCGGUAGUUAUCUUUCGGAUUCUUGGUACACCUUCUCGAAUACCCCAUCUCGGACACUCUGCGCCAAUUCUAGCGACCGUGCUUCAUCACUAUCAGCUCAUGAUGGAUCUCGAAGAGAGCCACAAACUCUACGUAGAAAACCUUAUUCAACAACCGCAUCAAACUGCUGUUCAUCAGUCGCUCAAGCGAUUGGUUGAACUAGCUAUCCCUUUAGCUGAAUCAAACAUUGACGACUGGUCGACUGCGUUUCAAAACGCUACCAUGAAGCUUUUGCUGGGCGUAACGUGGAGAGAAGGAGCUCGAGUGUUUCUGGACAAUGGAGGCGUAGCAGUACUUAUUAACGCGUUUACAUCAGGAUCAUUGCUGAAUAACGCAGCGGUUGAAACGGCAUUGGCGCAAACGCUGUACUACGUGUCGGUUCAUUGGCCUGAUGAGAUGUGGAACGACAUCCAAGUUAAUGGCACCGGCAUGAACAAGUGGUUUGAAGCAAUUAGCGAACGGUGCGAAGACGACAACGACGUGCUACUUCAUUACCUUCUAGCACCGGUGAAAAUCUUGUUACACUGCGAGAGACUUCUCGAAGCGCUUGCAGGAAGUAACCUGGUGGACGUUUUCCAGUCGGUGCUUCAUAAACAUAACCAGCUACCACUCUGUGCCCGCCUUGUUGUGAAUCUUCUUCUGUCCGUACCUGACAUUAGCCCAACAACUUCUUUGCCAGUGCUAUGUGGCUCGAUUGCAGAGACAAUGAUCGCUUUCGAAGGCAAUUGUUUGGCCCAGUUGGAAUGCGUGAAGGCGCUGACAAUACUCAUGUCCCGGCAAUCUGACAGCCAAACUCUUCUAUCGAAUGACCAUAUCCGAGAUAUUGUUCGAGUCAUACGCUCAAAGUUGAUAGACGAACAGUUUACUGCCGAAAUGCUGAGUCUCGUCAAGGUAGCACUGGUGAAUGCCAGUAUUCGAGCGGCAUUUAUCGACCGAGGACUGCUACAAGUCGUUUCCAAGGCAAUGUGCAUGUACCAGUGGAGUUCUAUAGACGAUGCUGGAUCGACUGCUCGGUGGAUAAUCUGUGAUAUUGCUCACAAGCUUGACGUUUCUAGGAGUAUAAGCAUUCUGGAACCCCAUGCUGAUAUCUCCAUUGGGCGCAGGUUCAAUCCUUCGGCCAUAUCAGUGAAAGCACUAGAUGCGUGCUGCUGUGUGAUAGGGGCUCUUGCAUGUGUGAAACCGUUGCUUCCUCUUUUGAUUGACGAGGGUGCGAUUCGGUGCAUCGUUGGCACGCUACGCUACGCUAAACAAGAGCUGAUAGUACGUAGUGACGGCUCAUUUGUUCAGCUCGUCACCACCUGCUUUUAUGCAGCGAGCAACGUUGUGAAUUCUCCCAUCGUGGUACGAGUUAUGGAUCCUGUAACGAAGGACAAUGCGGUUGACUCACAGUCAAUUUACUGCCGAUUGGGAGACUCUGGUGCAGACGAUGCCAUUAUUGGGUGUCUUGAGGAAGCUUUGCGAAUGAAUAAUAUGCCACCAUCAUUGGUGGACAGUGGCUGUCGUCUGCUCCAAGCUGUACUUACAUUCCAAAUGUCUUUCAGCAGUGAAGCAGAAAACCGGUGGAUCGCGGUAGCCACCUCAUUUUUGCAGAGAGAUUGCACUCAACCGAGAACGCGAGAGCUGCUGUUUAGCACUACCUUGAUGAUCUUGUCACAAGGACAACGGUCAGGCAAAUCAGCUAAAGGACAGCAUAUCAAAAUGAUGAAAGUGAUUCUUGGGGUCCUGAACGAGUCAGUAGAACACGGAAGUUGCUGUACGCUGAGUCAAUCAGAGUGCAUUGGUGCCAUUCGCGUGCUAGAAGAAAUAUCGAAAGCGUCGGAUUCCCUGCCAGACACAUUAGUUUCGAGGUGUCUUGGAGUACUGGGAAAACUUACUGGUAUUUUCAUUUUAUUACCUUCUACCACGGCUCAAGUAAAUCGACGGUUCUUCGACAACGCAGUUGCGCAGUUUGCGACUACAAGCUAUAUUAAAAGGCUGAUAUACCGGCUGGAUAAAUACACCGCGACAGAAGGGGUAAAUGAGAAUGCCGCAAUGAUGGAUAUAUCCGAAGAUUUCAAAGCUCUGGAAUCCUUGCUAUUUUCCAGCCAAGGGAAGAAGACGAUUGAUGGUUAUCACGGACUAUUUGAUUAUCUCACCUCAGUUGUUGAAAAUGUUAACGAGUACGCACAAGCGUUGGGAGAUCAAGCAGGCUUUUAUCUGGAACUGGGGUGUUUAUCGAGUCAGCUUUUUCCUACAGUUCAACGAGAAGAAGUGAUUAACGCCGCUUUGUGCCAUUUUGCCGAGGACACAGCGUGGCAUUCCAUGCGAUGGAUAGCUGCACUGGAUGACAAAGGGUCAAGCGUGCUCACGCUUAUUGUCGAGUUUGUCCUUCUCCGAAUAGUUUCAGGACACACGAUUCUUGAACCGGCGUUGUUGAUGGAGCUCUUGAAUGCUCUAAACUACCUCCUUCGCUGCAAUCAAUGCAGAGAAGUAGUUCAGGCAUCCUCGCAUACCAAGGAACUCCAAAGUGUUUUAUGGGAGCUCGUCCGUGGAGAUGUUGCACACCUGGGUGCGGUAUCUGAUGGUUACGACGUUGCAGUAUCUCUGCUAGGAAUCAUCUCGACUCUGUUAUCAUUUUCGAACGAGAUAUUUUCUAUUCAGUCCGAACACAAUGGAUGCGAAUUGCUUGUUCGGUUUUGUCUAGGAGCUUUGGAUAGCUUCUAUUUGAACACCAAGCUUGAUAUGACCAAAUUUGCGUUAAUGGAAGAAGUUCUUCAAACUUCCGGUAUUAUACUUCAGUACUGCAUUCAACUUGGUGCAGAAUACGCGCGCUCUAUUAUUCAACAUCGAGCCACACGACAUGCGUUCAACAUUCAUGUGGGUGUAGGAAGUACCGAAAAGAAAUCCUGCGAAAAAUGGUGUUUGGUGGUGCUUGGAGCAGUACUUCAGUCUCACGGCCUUCUUUACGCGGAAAGGUUGCUGCGUUUAUCAUCGAACCCAUCGGCGCUGCUAAUCAAUCUCGUUGAUAUGGUUGUUCAGAGUUCAGACGUGAUUUCGUGGAAAUGUUUUCUAGAUUGUAUAACAAUAGUGGAUGGUCCGUCAGAGACAACGGGGUGGCAAGUAGACUGCAAUUCUCUAUUUGAAAAGCUUCAACAGCAAACCAAGCGUCUAAUUUCAGAGCAAGCCACUAUAUUAAAUUCACAUACGGUGAUAAAACAUGUUGGAGAAACUAUUGCUCAGUUGAGCUUCAAGUACGGUCAACUUAGUUUGGAUACGUCACGGGGUGCUAUGGACGGUUGUGUCCAACCCAUGGCUCAGUCUGGAUUAUCUUUCUACGACCUUUUCAUGGCAGCACCAAGUUUCGAAGCCUCGCAAUACUCUGAGGUUGUUAGCCUUCACCUAAGGAUUGCUUGCCUGGCUGGAUUCAAGACUGAAACUGAACGAAGCACCAUUGAGGAGUCGACUGUCAGUAUCAGGAAACUACUUACUCCUAUUUGUAUAUCGGAUGAAGCGCUUGCUGAUUUUCUCGAUUUGGCGUCGAUGGUGUAUCUAUCCCGAGCAGCUGCGUGGCUCUUUAUUGACGCCACCACUCACGUCCUGUCCAAGGCGAUACAGAGACUCACGACUGGGUUGAAUCGAUCGGUAUGUCUUGAAAAGAGUCUACUUACCUGUUUUUCUUCACUUCGAGAUGUAUACGGCACUCGGUGGGAAAGUGGAGAAGUAGACAGUGUACUGGAGCUACUGAAAAUUCUUUCACCUGAUAGAUGGUCCCAAGAACAACUCCUAGAGUCAGUGCUGGAUCUUCCGCAAGGUCUUCUACACCUAUUCGAAGUCGCGCGGGCAGCGCCUAGCCAUGGCGCUCAAAUAAUGUUGUUUUUGUUUCAACAUAUGUAUGGCAUUCGUCACAAUACACAGCGUAUUGGUGAGAUGGAGCUAAACACACUUCUCUCGAUUAUAAAACGUAACGUUGCUGGUAGAGUUGGUGACACUACUCAACGGAAAUGGAGAGAAAUACCUGGGAAUGAGAUGCUGCGUUGCGCGCUGGAAAUACUGAAGCUGUUUGUGAGGAGAAAAAAUUGUGCAGUUGUUUGCUCCGACCUCGGUGGGGUUGGCAUUCUGCACGAUGUCAUUUGUGCUCCUUCCCAAUACGAAGAUAUCACUCAUUUGGCACUUGAAAUCUGCUGUUUUCUCGCUGGCUUCGGAGCCAAUCUGUCGAAUGAGAAUUCCAUCUUCGCUCUUCAGCUGUUGUUCGUUCUUGUCAAAACUAGCGUGGAAUCUUCUCGCUCCCACUUAGCAGCUCUCGUUUUGGAAUAUUUCUUAGCUGUUGAUGCUUCCACUUUCAGCUUGCCAUUGAUUCAGCAGUGCAGGUCUCAAAUUGUACCUGUAUCGUCACGAUCAGAUGAAGAAGUGAAGAUGUUCAUUCAGCAAUUGUACAUUGCGCGGCAAAAACUUGCAACAAGAACACCGAAACCACAAGUCUCUGGCCCAAAUACGAGUACUAGCAAGUCCUCUUUAAACGAAGGCAAAAUACGCAGAUUAAUUCUUUCAAGUUGUCGAACAAUUGUGCAGUGCACAGAUGGAAAAGGUGAGACUUCGUAUGUGAAUGUGAAAACCUCUGAAAAAAGCACGACCGAGCCACUUGAAUACUCUCGCUUAUGCGAAGCCAUUGACCAGAUCAGCUUCGUAUUGGAUGACCCCAAUACGGCGAUGAAUCGCAGCUAUGUAUCCGCCUUAGUUCCGGCACUGAGUGAGAUCCUUCUUCUCCAUACAAUCACGACGACAACAAUAUGCACUAUUAUGGAAGUGCUUGAACAGAUAGCAUUUGUAAACCCGACGAUCGUGUUAUCUAAUGACCAGCUGGACAUUCCGGCGCUGCUUUCUUCCUGCUCGCUGCAUCACCGGUCGUCACUGACAUUUGCAAGAUAUCUUUGCAGAUUUUGCAACAGCGUUAGCGCAGAAUUAACUGAAGGUGAAUUCGGGCUAGCAGUAUCGAUGGUCCCCUUAUUGUUCGAGCUGUUGGUGCAUUGGAAAACAGAUUUUGAGAUCAUCGAUCAAAGCCUAGCUACGUUACCAGAUUUGAUCAUUGUGAUGCGAAUCAAAGAAUUCGAACAACUUCGCAGCGGUGAUAUACUUGCGCUCCUUAACAGUGCAGUGGCUUCUUACAUUGGCAACAGCCCAACAUCGUGGAAUUGGCUGAAAUGCGUAUUGGUAGUCCUCAACAAGCUCGAUAAGGUGGCUAUUGAAUCCGCUCAAGACACAAUCUGCACAGUCAUUGAUAUCAUUCGCAUGUUCAUGAGCCAUAGUUUCAUGGUGGAAAGAGCUGUAACGGUGCUGAUACGCAUGUAUAUCGAGCAGCGACAGCUCCCUCUUCGACACCUCAGCGAAUCGGAUGCUGUUGAAGUGUUGCUGACAUGUUUGAAACUGCAUGCCAAUGAUGAAUCAAUCGUCAGAGGUUGCCUCAAACUGAUGGUAAGCUUGGCGUCACGCAGUGAAACCUUACCAAAAAUCGUUGAUCAACUGCUGACAGCAGAAGCUGCAGCUUCAAUUCUGUUAGUGUCGAAGAAGAACCCAGACAACCCCUCAAUCUGUGAAAUUUGCGUUAAGCUGGUGCAUCAAAUGGUUUUAUCGUUUGAGAAGCAACCCGAAAAGAAUUCCCAUGUGUCGGUAUUACCCGGAGAAUCAUCAAGAAAGGGGUUCGAGCUAUUGACUCAACUACUCGAAGCUGACAUUAUACCAUUGAUAUUCGAUUUGCUGGAUAAUUCUUCAAGUCGAGGGGAUAAUCAUCUGCUGGCUUCGCUCUUACGAUUACUCAAAAGUCUUACAAAAGAUGAAUGUCUACGAGACUCUGCUGAAGUUUUGCAUGGGCUUCAGGAACUGCAGCAGACUGUUGACCGUAUUUGGGAGAAGAAUUUCGACUGUUCCUUAGUCGAACUGGCCAUUGACUGUCUCGUUAAUAUGGCUUGUUCUGAUCGUGCAAUUGGCCAUGGAUGGAGGGAAUUGCCGAUGUGGCUCUUACAGCUUGCCGAAUCCAUUCACAGCCUGGAAACACACAACACCGGGAUGUGCGUCGAGAAACUCAUUGGAAUACUAGGGAGACUCGCCAUUGAUAGCGCUACAAGCACAACAAUUUCGCCAAAAGGCUCAUUCACUAUUAUUGAAUCGCUGGCGCAUGUAGGGUCAAACUAUUCACUUGAGCGAGCGCUCUAUGGGCUACUGUGUGCGUUGAGUGAGAACAUCGCGUGUGCCCAGAUCUUGAUAGUUUACAACGCUAUACCGAUCACUGCCGAACGGAUCAUCAGCCAUGUCCACGACGAGGAAACGUUGUUAAGCAGCUUGUGCUUUUUCGAUCUCUUGGUUCUAAAUAGCGGCGAGAGCUACCGUGCCUUGCAAGACGAAAUCGUGUUGGAAGCCCUAGAUUUGGUCAUCCAAACAUAUCCCGAGGUCACCGGAAGCCAAGUUUAUCAUAUUGCCAGCACUUCACUUGAGAAAGUAUCAGCAUUAGAUUAUCAAUCGACGCGAAAGAAACCAGGUGCAGCCAAAGUGAUGAAGCCUCAAAUACAAAUUCCAGACUCGCAGAAACCUUUUCACGACUUGCUUCGCGAAGGAGCGAAGUUUCGAGUUAUCUGGGAGGCCAGACCCGACGUUGUUGAGAAUAUCCAGAUACAACUAGCCCCAAGCGGAGAUUAUCUUGUAUUUCGAAGAAAAGCAUCAAGUCAACUACCACGAGUUGAGCGCAUUUUCGUUAGUCAGCUCGAAGUGUGUCCGCAACGUUCUCUCGCCAAGCCAGGCAGCCCUUCGUCACCUUCGAAAAGAAUCCUGACUCAAUCAUUACUAAAAGAUCAUUUCGAAGGAGAUCGUGUACUGCGUUUAAAAAUUCGAGAUGAGGACGUGUUGAUCAAGACCAGUAGUACUCGUGAGAGGGUUCACUGGGAUCAGGCUCUGCAAUGGCUUGUUUCACGUCGGGAGACUCGUACGUCGCCUGUACAUUCGCCAACCCAUUCGCCACUGCAUUCAUCAUAA